UAGCUGAUUAAAGUGAGAGUGAUAGAAAAGAAAGGAAGGAAGCAAAUGGCAAACUUUCCAGUUGUUGACAUGGGGAGGCUUAACACCGAAGAGAGAGAAGCAACCAUGGAGAUGAUCAAAGAUGCCUGUGAGAACUGGGGUUUCUUUGAGUUGGUGAACCAUGGGAUAUCCAUUGAGUUGAUGGACACCGUGGAGAGGCUCACCAAAGAGCACUACCAGAAAUCUAUGGAGCCAAGGUUCAAAGAAAUGGUGACCAACAAAGGUCUUGAGUCUCUUCAGUCGGAAAUCAAUAACUUGGACUGGGAAAGCACCUUCUUUUUGCGCCAUCUUCCAGUCUCCAACAUUUCAGAGAUCCCAGAUCUUGGUGAAGAUUACAGGAAGGUAAUGAAGGAAUUUGCACUGGAAUUGGAGAAACUUGCUGAGCAACUUCUUGACUUGCUGUGUGAGAAUCUUGGGCUGGAGAAAGGGUACCUGAAGAAGGUGUUUUAUGGAUCCAAGGGCCCAAAUUUUGGCACCAAAGUUAGCAACUACCCUCCUUGUCCCAAGCCUGAUCUCAUCAAAGGCCUGAGAGCUCACACUGAUGCUGGUGGCAUUAUCUUACUGUUCCAAGAUGACAAGGUCAGUGGCUUGCAGCUUCUCAAGGAUGACCAGUGGAUUGAUGUCCCACCAAUGCGUCACUCCAUUGUCAUCAACCUUGGUGACCAACUUGAGGUCAUAACCAAUGGCAAGUACAAAAGUGUCAUGCACCGAGUAAUUGCACAGACUGAUGGUACUAGAAUGUCCCUAGCUUCAUUCUAUAACCCAGGUGAUGAUGCUGUCAUUUCUCCAGCACCAACCUUGGUGAAGGAAGAUGAGACAAGCCAAGUGUACCCAAAAUUUGUUUUUGAUGAUUAUAUGAAGCUCUACGCUGGUCUCAAGUUCCAGGCUAAGGAACCAAGGUUUGAAGCUAUGAAGGCCAUGUCCAGUGUUGAUUUGGGUCCCAUAGCAACAGUGUGAGCCUGAGCAUAUGGAAACAUUGGAAGUAAUAAGUGUGUUUUCUGUUAAUAAUAAACUAAGGCUACUAAGCUUAUACCGAUUAGUGUUUGGUGUAUGGAUAAUUGGUAUGGAAGCUUAUGCUUGUGCAGUAUAAACCUUAUAGUUAAAAAUAAAGUAUUAGCUCCGUCUUAGUUUGUGCGUGUGAUCAAUAAUGUACUCUAUGAUGGUUAAGUUAGUGCGAUGUACUGAUACAGUGUUUUAGAAAGUAACCUCAUCUUG